CAAACAUGCUUACAUCGUUGCUAGCAUUCAGCGACGAACUUCCAUCGUUGCUAGCAUUUUGUUUAGUUUCACUAAUAUUCUUUUACGUACACAAAUUAAUUAACAAAAGGUCGACGGUGCCGCCACUUCCACCGGGCCCCACCGCCUACCCAAUCAUCGGCAGCCUUCCGGAAAUGCUUUGGAAGAAGCCCGCAUUCCGGUGGAUACACAAUGUCAUGAAACAACUCAACACGGAGAUCGCAUGCAUCAAGCUAGGCCGCGUCCAUGUCAUCGCCGUCACUUCUCCGGAGCUUUCUCUCGAGUUCUUGAAGAAGCAUGACAGCGUCUUCGCCUCCCGGCCCGACGUCUCCUCGGCCCGCCUCGCCAGCGAUGGAUACCUUUCACCAGCUAUCUCGCCCUCUGGCAACCAGUGGAAAAAAAUGAGGAGGGUGAUGGUGUCGGAGGUGCUCACAAAUGAUGUGUUCAGACGGCUCCAUGCGAAACGAUGUGAUGAAGCCGAUCACCUCGUGAGAUAUGUGUAUAAUCAAUGCAUGAAUUCGCACAAAAGUGGAGUUAUGAACGUGAGAGAUGCAACUAGGCAUUAUUGUGGCAAUGUGAUAAGGAAGAUGGUGUUUAGCCAGAGGUUUUUUGGGUCGGGAAUGGAAGACGGGGGCCCGGGAAUUGAAGAGAGAGAACAUGUAGAUGGAUUGUUCACCAUUCUUUCAUGUCUCUAUGGAUUCGGAAUUGCUGAUUAUGUGCCAUGGUUGGAGGUUUUUGAUUUGGAUGGGAAUAAAAAGAUGAUCACAAAUGCUGUUAAGAAUGUAAGGAAAUACCAAGAUCAAGAAAUUGAAAAGAGAAUGGAGAUGCGGAAGCUAGGGCACAAGAGCGACGAAAAUGAUAUUCUUGGCAUUUUGAUCAACCUCAAGAACUUACAAAAUGAGCUCCUCUUGUCAAUUCGAGAGAUCAAAGCAGUCAUCCUUGAAAUGAUGUUGGCAAUAAUUGACAAUCCAUCAAAUGCAGUUGAGUGGACUAUGGCAGAGAUGAUCAAUCAACCGGACAUUCUUGCUAAAGCAUGUGAAGAGUUGGACCGAGUUGUAGGUAAGAACAGGCUGGUUCAGGAAUCAGAUUUAUCGGAACUAAAUUACGUGAAGGCUUGUCUGAAAGAGUCAUUUAGACUCCACCCUGUAUCUCCUUUUAAUUUACCUCACGUUUCAAGCAAAAACAUAGUCGUGGGUGGUUAUUUCAUCCCAAAGGGGAGUCAUGUGGCGCUUAGCCGCCCUGGCCUAGGGCGAAACCCUAGGAUUUGGGAUGAGCCUCUCCGGUUCAAGCCAGAACGACACAUUGUUGAUGAAGUCUCAAAUGUCUUACUUGUGGAUCACGAUUUGCGCAUGUUGUCCUUUAGUACUGGAAAACGAGGAUGCCCCGCCCUUGAGCUUGGUUCUACCACAACCACCAUGCUUUUGGCUAGACUUAUUCAAGGUUUUAGUUGGAAGCAACCACUUAGUACCAAUAAUAUUGACUUGGUUGAGUCAGAACAUAGCUUGGCAUUGGCUAAGCCACUGAUUGCUCGUGCAGUGCCUCGGUUAGAGUCAAAAAUUUAUCUUCAACUCGUAUAAAAAUAAUAGUAUAUGGUUGUAUUAUUGUAUGUA